CCCCCCCCCUUUCCCCCCUAUCACCACCAUGGCCAGCAACGUGACGAACAAGACGGACCCGCGCUCCAUGAACUCGCGGGUGUUCAUCGGGAACCUGAACACGCUGGUGGUGAAGAAGAGCGACGUGGAGGCAAUCUUCGGCAAGUACGGCAAGAUCGUGGGCUGCUCGGUGCACAAGGGCUUCGCCUUCGUGCAGUUCGUCAAUGAGCGCAAUGCCAGAGCCGCUGUGGCCGGGGAGGACGGGCGCAUGAUCGCAGGGCAGGUGCUGGAUAUCAACCUGGCGGCCGAGCCGAAGGUGAACCGGGGCAAGGCCGGGGUGAAGCGCUCGGCAGCUGAGCUCUAUGGAUCGUCGUUUGAUCUCGACUAUGACUUCCAGAGGGAUUACUAUGACAGGAUGUACAGUUACCCCGCUCGGGUCCCCCCCCCGCCCCCCAUCGCCAGGGCUGUGGUGCCCUCCAAGCGCCAGCGGGUGUCCGGUAACACCUCCCGGAGGGGCAAGAGCUUCAACAGCAAGAGCGGCCAGAGAGGCUCCUCCUCCAAGUCCUCCAAGGUGAAGGGCGAUGACCUGCAGAGCAUCAAGAAGGAGCUGAGUCAGAUCAAGCAGAAGGUGGACGCGCUGCUGGAGAGCCUGGAGCGCCUGGAGCGGGAGCAGAAGCUCAAGAGCGACAAGGCCGAGGAGGAGCUGUGUGGGGGAGGGGCCGGCGCGGGGGGAGGGGCCAAGAAGGAGGAGGGGUCAGGGGGGGGGGGGAAGGACGGAGACGACUCCCCCGAGGAGGGAGACCUGGAGGAGGAGGAGCCUGAGGAGAGAGAGCACGAACAGCUCGAGUCCCUCAAGGGCGACGAGAAGGAGGCUGAGGAGGGGGAGGACGAUCGCGACAGCGCCAAUGGGGAGGACGACUCCUAAGCCCCGCCCCCUUUAAGCCCCGCCCCCCUCUCCAAGCCCCGCCCCCAUCACGUGGUGUCGUGACCCCUCCUCUAGCCCCUCCCCUUUACCACCCCAUAGGUCUUAGACACGCCCCCUCCUAUGACGUCAUUGCCCCUAUGGCCACGCCCCCUCCUCUCUGACCACGCCCCCUUUCUGUUGGCCCCGCCCCCCAACUUCCGGUUGAUUUUGAUACCGUCGGGAUUGGAUCCAUUAAAGGUGGAAACGUUUGUAA